CAAACAUUGACUGGCUUGAACUUUAAACCUAGUCGGUAGAAGGUGACUUCUCACGUUUCUUCAGGAUGCCUGCAGCGCUUGUGGAGAACAGCCAGGUUAUCUGUGAAGUCUGGGCCAGCAAUCUAGAAGAAGAGAUGAGAAAGAUCCGAGAAAUAGUGCUGAGUUACAGUUACAUUGCCAUGGAUACAGAGUUUCCAGGUGUUGUUGUGCGACCAAUUGGUGAAUUUCGUAGUUCUAUAGAUUACCAGUAUCAACUUCUUCGGUGCAAUGUUGACCUUUUAAAAAUUAUCCAGCUGGGCCUUACAUUCACAAAUGAGAAGGGAGAAUAUCCUUCUGGAAUCAACACAUGGCAGUUCAACUUCAAAUUCAAUCUUACAGAAGACAUGUACUCCCAAGAUUCCAUAGAUCUCCUUGCUAACUCAGGACUACAGUUUCAGAAACACGAAGAGGAAGGGAUUGACACAUUACACUUCGCAGAGCUGCUCAUGACAUCGGGAGUGGUGCUCUGUGACAAUGUCAAAUGGCUCUCAUUUCACAGUGGCUAUGACUUUGGUUACAUGGUAAAGCUACUUACAGAUUCUCGUUUGCCAGAAGAAGAACAUGAAUUCUUUCAUAUUUUGAACCUUUUCUUCCCAUCCAUUUACGAUGUGAAAUACCUGAUGAAGAGCUGCAAAAAUCUUAAGGGAGGUCUUCAGGAAGUUGCCGAUCAGUUAGAUUUGCAGAGAAUUGGAAGGCAACACCAGGCGGGCUCAGACUCACUGCUGACUGGAAUGGCGUUCUUUAGGAUGAAAGAGUUAUUUUUUGAGGACAGUAUCGAUGAUGCCAAAUACUGUGGACGACUCUAUGGCCUAGGCACAGGUGUGGCCCAGAAGCAGAAUGAGGACGUGGACUCUGCCCAGGAGAAGAUGAGCAUCCUGGCCAUCAUCAACAACAUGCAGCAGUGAUGGCGGCGAGGCUCUGCGGGCGGGCUUGCCCCCAUGGUGCUGCUCACUGUGCUGACUGGGCUGUGCAUACUUGUCUCCUUCCCUGAGAGAAUGCUUUUUGAGCAAACUGUACCUACCAUCUGCACUGAGCAGAAAGACUUCUGUUUUACUGAAGACAAAAGAUGUCUUUAUUUUAGAUCGAGAAGAGGGGCGUUUGCUCUGAAUUUGUAAACAAGUCUUCCCUGUUCCUCAUCCCCAAGUCUCCAGUUGCCUCCUGUCACCAGCAUCCAUGGCUCAUUUGACACCUUUUUAAAUAUCCAGGACAAGUCAGAAACAAACUAGUAAAAUGUAUAUAACUCUUACCUGUUGUCAUUCUUUUUCUUUUUAACUUGUUGCUAAUCUCUGAUGAUGAAGAUUUCUACUGUGAGUCUCAGCUGAGCUGAGGGCUUCCAGGGAAAAUGGAACAGAAGCGUGGUCUUGUGAAGUGGUUUAUAGAUGUUCAGUCUUUUCCUUUCCUCUUAGUUCUGACCCUCUGGUGGACAUUUGCUUUUUUCACACUUUGGUUGUCUGUACAUACUUUAUGUGGAAAUGAAUUGUUCAGUGCUGAAAUAUGAAGACCAGUGAAUGAAAACUUCUUGAAGGCCAACAUCCUACUGAACCUGCUCCUCACAAGAAACUUGAGAGUGCGUAUUAAGUUACCAUUUAUAUUCUUUAAGUCUGUGCUCCAUUAUGCCACAGAUUUUCUGUCACAGGUGUAACUCAUCUGAAAGAAUUUUAAGUCUUCAUAUAAAAUAUUCCAAAUUUUAAAAUCCUCAAGGCAAUGGAUAAAAUCAGCUUUUGGAACAUAAAUCUCUUCUAUUUUCAGUGUGAUUUCAGAUGGUUGUCUGUAUUCUCUCACUGCUCCACUUUCCCUGCUUGUCCUUGCA